AUGUUUGCUGGCCUGCCCAAGGACAGCCCUCAGCCUGCUAGCAAAAAAGCUAGAAUCACUUCAGAGGUUGCAACUCCUUCGAACAAGCUAAUGGUCAAGUCCGCGUCCACUUCUUUGAAAACAUCUUCGAUCCAACGCCUCAAUUCUAUCCCGUUUUCUCUGCCCGAAUUUAUAUCUUCCAUCCCGGAGGCACAUCGCGAGCUGCUGAAGCUUGAGUGCGAAUGCAUGGGAAAGAGUUGGUUAAAGCUACUCAAAGACGAGAUCAAGAAGCCGUACUUCAUUGCCUUGAAGAAAACGCUCCAAGUAUAUCCUCAACCGAAGAACAUCUAUUCUUGGUCCAAUACACCUUUGGGUAAGGUGAAGGUAGUCAUCAUGGGCCAAGAUCCCUACCACGGUCCAAAUCAAGCCCAUGGUCUUUGCUUUUCUGUGCCCAACGGCGUGGCUGUCCCCCCUUCUCUGAAGAAUAUCUACGCUGAGAUUAAAUUGGAGUACCCUGAAUUUGAGCCACCCAAUCAUGGAAACCUGUCAAGAUGGGCGGAAAGUGGUGUCCUCAUGCUCAACACCUGUCUGACAGUCAAGGCUAGAACACCGGGAUCUCAUCAGAAGAAAGGUUGGGAAGAAUUUACUGACAAAGUUGUGGACGUUGUGGACAGAUACGGAGGUGCUAAUCUUGGUGGAGGCAGUUCCGAGCUGAGCGGGAUCGGUCGGGGUGUCGUAUUUCUGGCUUGGGGUUCCUGGGCAGCGCAAAGGGUUGCUAAACUCAACAAGACUAAACACCUGAUCCUGACCAGCGCACACCCCUCGCCACUCAGCGCUCACAAAGGUUUUUUGGGCAAUGGUCACUUCAAAGCCGCGAAUGACUGGCUUGAGAACAAGUACGAAUCUGGUGGUAAGGUGGAUUGGUGUCAGCUCUGA